AUGGAGUUUAUUUGUAUAAGCCCUAAAUUUACAAUAAUUUUUUGCGAACAAAAUAACAAUAAGUUGAAUUAAAAAAACAACUAUUUUAAUCAUUUUUAAGGAUGUAUCGUACAUAAUGAUUAAUGUGAUCACCUCUAUUAGAAUCAAUUUGAAAUCUGCAAAAAGUCUAAACCUCUAUUUUACAUAAAAGCAAAAGAUACUGUUAUCGAUUUUGCAGUAUAUAAAUUAAAGUUAGAGUAAUAGAAAUUCAUUAUUACACAGGGUUCUUUUUAAGGGAAGGAAGCUCUAGUUGACACCUUUUGUUAAGUACAAGAUGUAAAUUAACAAAAUUUUGCUGUCAUUUUAGAAAUAUUAAGAAAGGAAAAAGUUUAAGAUUGCAUAGAAUAUCUUUCUUAUAAUAGAAAUACAAAACAUUACAAAUAAUAAAUUUUUAAAGAUGACAACAUAAAACCUUUUGAUAUGUGGUGGAAAUUAGAUGUUGUAACCACAAACAUAAUGAAAAUUUCUAAUAUUCUCAAAUUAAUAAAAGUACAUGACUAUAACCAGCUUGACUACUCAACUGAAGAAAAUGAAGAAUUACAGCAACAUCUAAUUAAAAGAUUUAAUGAAAAUAGAAAUAACUUAAAAAUCCAUGAAUUAAUAAAAUUAAAUAGUCAUACUAGAUCUGUUUAAUCAGUCCUAAUGGAAAUACAUUAGCAUCUCGUAGUAGUGAUAACUUUAUCCGUCUAAGGGAUGUCAAAACAGGAUAAGAAAUUUCAUCCUCUGAUAAAAACUAAAAAGAUAUUCUUGCUUAAUUAAAAAUACCACUUAUGA